GCAGGGCCGCGAGUGCGCGACUACGUCCUUUAAAUAAGGCCUCCUAAGGACGCGCGCGCGAGUGAGGAGUGGGAUGGAGAGUGUGUGGAGCUGGGCUCGCGCCGGGGCCCGAGCCGCUGCUGACCUCGAGUUGAGCUAGAUUCUGGAGAAAUCCUGCCAGUUGAAGUCUGCGCCAGAGCUAGGCAACAGAAUUGUAAGCUAAAGUGAAGCAGAAAUCUAGGAAUAUGAGCUCCCUGAUGGCCAUGGGUGAACCAAGGCUCAACUGGGAUAUUUCCCCCAAAAAUGGCCUGAAGACAUUUUUCUCUCGAGAAAAUUAUAAAGAUCAUUCCAUGGCUUCGAGUUUAAAAGAACUGUUUAUUUUGUCAAACAGACGUAUAGGAGAAAAUUUGAAUAUCUCAGCAAGUUCUGUAGAAAAUGAACCGGCAGUUAGUUCAGCAACUCAAGCAAAGGAAAAAGUUAAAACCACAAUUGGAAUGGUCCUUCUUCCAAAACCAAGAGUUCCUUAUCCUCGUUUCUCUCGUUUCUCACAGAGAGAGCAGAGGAAUUAUGUGGAAUUAUUGGCUAAAUAUGCCAAAAUGCCUGCAAAUUCUAAAGCUAUUGGAAUAAAUAAAAAUGACUACUUACAAUAUUUGGAUAUGAAAAAACACGUGAAUGAAGAAGUUACUGAAUUCCUCAAGUUUUUGCAGAAUUCUGCAAAGAAAUGUGCACAGGAUUAUAAUAUGCUAUCUGAUGAUGCCCGUCUCUUCACAGAGCAAAUUUUAAGAGCUUGUGUUGAACAAGUGAAAAAGUAUCCAGAAUUCUAUACUCUCCAUGAAGUCACCAGUUUAAUGGGAUUCUUUCCAUUCAGAAUAGAGAUGGGAUUAAAGUUAGAAAAAACUCUUCUUGCUUUGGGCAGUGUGAAAUAUGUGAAAACAGUAUUUCCAUCAAUGCCUGCAAAGUUGCAGCUCUCAAAAGAUAACAUGUCUGCUCUCGAAACACCAGAGCAAAUAGCUGCAGCUAUGCAUUAUGAUAUUAGCAAAGAUCCAAAUGCAGAGAAACUUGUUUCAAGGUACCACCCUCAGAUAGCUCUAACUAGCCAAUCAUUAUUUACCUUAUUAAAUAAUCAUGGACCUAACUACAAGGAGCAGUGGGAAAUUCCAGUGUGUGUUCAAGUAAUACCUGUUGCAGGUUCAAAACCAGUUAAAGUAAUUUAUAUUAAUUCACCACUUCCCCAAAAGAAAAUGACAAUGAGAGAGAGAAAUCAAAUCUUCCAUGAAAUUCCAUUAAAAUUCAUGAUGUCCAAAAGCACAUCAGUUCCAGUCUCUGCGGUGUUUAUGGAUAAACCUGAAGAGUACAUAACUGAAAUGGAUAUGUCUUAUGAAGUUAAUGAAAACCGAAAAAUUGAACCCCUUGAAAAUUUGGAUCUGGAUUUUGAUGAUGAUGUCACAGAACUUGAAACUUUUGGAGUAACCACUACCAAACCUUCAAAGUCACCAACUUCAACAAGCACGUCUACAGUGCCCAACACAACAAAUACUCCCACAGCACCCAGUGCAGCAACACCCAUGGCACCAAUUGCACCGGACAUUUCUGCUCAUUCUAGAAGUUUAUCUCACAUUCUAAUGGAACAGUUGCAAAAGGAGAAACAGUUGGUGACUGGUAUGGAUGGCAGCCCAGAAGAGUACAGAAAUAAAGAUGAUCAGGGAUGUGUUCCAAGUAAUGAAAAGGUAUCAAAUUCUGACAAAUCUUUGAAGCAGAAUAGUGACUUGAAAGCAUCUGAGAACUUAGAGCUAGAAAGUCCUAUGGAAAUCGAAACCUGUAAUGAAAAUAUGACUACUGAUAUGGUUCUAGAGAACACAGGCAAUUCAAAGGAUAAGACUGUUGGAUCAGAAGCAGAUAAAACUGAAGAUGUAAUGUGUAAUAGUGAUACAGAUGAAGACUGUUUAAUCAUUGAUACUGAGUGUCAAAGUAGUAGUAAUGGAAAGACAGCCGACGUGGAUUCCAAUAUAAGUUCUGAGCCAGCUAACCCAAUUUCUUCCUCAGGACAGGCUUCUGUAGGAAACCAGAAUAAUACUAGUAGUUCUGAAGAGUCGUGUGUUUUAAAAAAACCAAUCAAACGAGUAUAUAAAAAAUUUGAUCCAGUUGGAGAAAUUUUAAAAAUGCAGGAUGAACUCUUAAAGCCCAUUUCCAGAAAAGUGCCUGAAUUGCCCUUAAUGAAUUUAGAAAAUUCUAAAGAACCUCCUGUUUCUGAGCAACCCUCUGCUGCUUCAGAUACCUCUAGUUGGCCAAGAUCUAUAUGGCCUUCUGCAUUUCAUAGGCCAAAAGGAAGAUUGCCAUAUGAACUUCAGGACUAUGUUGAAGAUACUUCAGAAUAUGUAGCUCCUCAGGAAGGAAAUUUUGUUUACAAGUUAUUUAGCCUGCAAGACCUGUUGUUACUUGUGCGAUGCAGUGUCGAAAGGAUAGAGACCAGACCGCGCUCUAAAAAACGGAAGAAAAUCAGAAGACAAUUUCCAGUUUAUGUACUACCAAAAGUGGAGUAUCAAGCUUGUUAUGGAGUUGAAGCUCUGACUGAAAGUGAACUUUGUCGCUUAUGGACUGAAAGUCUAUUGCAUUCCAACUGCUCAUUUUAUGUUGGACAUAUUGAUGCAUUUACUUCAAAGCUUUUCCUGCUAGAAGAAAUUACCUCAGAAGAAUUGAAAGAAAAACUUUCAGCACUCAAGAUUUCAAGUUUAUUUAACAUCCUCCAACACAUUCUAAAGAAAUUGAGUAGUUUGCAGGAAGGUUCCUACUUGUUGUCUCAUGCAGCAGAAGAUUCUUCCCUCCUGAUCCACAAGACCUCAGAUGGAAAAUUUAGUAGGACAGCAUACAAUUUACAUAAAACACAUUGUGGUCUUCCUGGUGUGCCUUCUAGUCUCUCAGUUCCCUGGGUUCCAUUAGAUCCCAGUCUCUUGUUACCUUAUCAUAUCCAUCAUGGAAGAAUACCUUGUACUUUUCCUCCUAAGUCACUAGAUCCCACAACACAACAAAAGAUGGGUGGAACACGAGUGCCUGCUCGUAGCCGCAGGAAUCCAGUUUCCAUGGAAACCAAAAGCCUGCCUGCUCAGCAAGUUGAAAAUGAAGGAGUGGCUUCAAAUAAAAGAAAAAUUACUUGAGGACUCUAUCAUGAAAAAUGAACAAAAGUCAAAAUUAACAGUGUUCAAUUUAGCUUUUUGAGGGGAAAUAUGCCUAAAAGAGCUAUCAAAAAGAGAAACUUUUUUUUUAGUGUCUGAGACUUCUUAGAGUGCCUUGACUAUGUGAAGGAAUGUUUCAACCAAAAUGGAAUACUGUGUUCUUAACACUUGAUGUUUGAAGAGAAUCUAGGUAUGUUUAUUAUUAUGCAGGGAAAUACAUAGAGAAGAAAAAUAUUUUUGCAAGACUUUUUCCAGCAAUUGUAAAUAGGAAAAUAAUUUGCUUUUUUCAAGAGUGAUGUUUAUCAUUAUGUACUACGUUAAAAUUUUGAGUUGUAUUACCACUCUAUUGAGAUUUGCUGUAUAGAUUAAAUCUUGCCACUGUCAGUGAUCAUCUUGAGCAAUAUAAAUCUAGUUUCUAACCCUGUGACAGUUCUUAAUAUACUACUUUAAUAUCAUUAAAGAUUAGUAAAGUUAAUACCUUUUAAAACUUGGUGAAAUUUCAUUCCAGACUUAAAAUCCCUGGGCCUCCCUGGUGGCACAUGGGGUGUAGUCUGAGCACUAUGAAGCUAUCUUCAGCCACUGCAGCAUGGCCAGGGAGCUAACAUACAUGGCGCAGCAGACCUCUCCUGUCUCGCCUGCUGCUCCCCUCAGCAGUGUAUUUCCAUGAAUCAACCUGUUCUCCCCACUCUGUCUCUGGUGAAUCCUCUUACCACCACUGCUCUCCCUACCCUCCCUCCCUUCACACCUCUGGCCUACAGCCCAGCUGUUGUAUGCAUAAAUAAAUAAAUCUUUUUUUAAAAUAUUAAACUCCCUGCUGCUGAAAAGUUACAAGUUAACAAUUUCUUUUUGAUAAGCCAUAAAUUUGCUUACAAAAAAAACAAACUUGCAGUCUAGCAGGUUUGGUGAUGAAUAUGUUUAUCUCUUGGCACAUAUCACAACUGAGUGUUGAACUUCACCACUGAAAGCAAAGGAUAGUAUAUUUCCCAGAAAAACUUCAUUAUUUCAACUGACAAGGCUAGUGGGCAAUAAAACAAACUAAUUUUACCUCAUUCUAUACUGAUUAAAUUUUUUUGGCCCACAGAAAUUAAUUUGGGAAGGGGCAUGGUCAGCUGAUAUUGUCGCCCAUACAUAAUGUUCUUGGACUUACGAAAGAAUGAACCUAUUUAAUUUUUGUAUCCCUUGUAUUCUUUAAUACUCUUAAAGUUUUCAGAAAUAUGGAUAUCAUUUGUAAAUAUAGGUUUUGUAAUCUGAGGUAGUAUUUGCUUUGUUUUUAGAACUUUCUAGUUGUUUUGUUUAAAUCUCCUCAAGUUUCAUAAGUAACAGGUGAAUAUUUUUAAUCUUCAACUGCCAAUUUUUGUUUUGGUUUUUUCGAUCAGCUAUAAAAUAUUUUUAAUGAGUAAUUAUUAGUAAAAUUAUACAUUUUAAUAUAUAAUUUCCUUAUCCUGCCAUUCAUUCCUUUUUUAAAAUCUUGAGCUUUUUUUUGUAGUGGAUUUUACAUGGUUUUUUUGGUUGUUUUUCUGCUUUUCUUUUAACUGUCACAUACCCACAUACCCCAGAAAUAUUUUAGUUCUGAAUCAUUUGGCAUUGAAUAAGGGAGACAUGGGAUACUACUGAAUACUCUUAAAAAAAAAAAGAAAAUGAUUGCUUCAGGCUUUUGAAUAUCAGAAAGACUUGGCUUUAUUUUUUAAUAAUACUUUUUACUUAGCAAAAUGUGUGAUCAUGCUACUAAUUAUUUUAAAAUUAUCUUAGCCAUAUAGUUGAAUAAACCUGAUAACAUGUCAAGUUACUCUUAGUUUUCCACUUGUGCUUGACCCUCUUUAAAAAAAAUUUCAUAGUGUCUUGUAUUCUUUUUCUUGAU